AAAAGCGGCGCGCGCCAUCAUUAUUCUCUCGCUGCUCGUCUGCUAAUUUCCACGGAUUACCCUCAGCGGAUACAACAAUCUACAUCUCACAUCAUGGGUUGGUUCUGGGGCAGUUCAAAUCAAGACGAUCCCGUCAAAAAGCUUGACCCGGAGCUGCGGGAAUUCCUCGAGCACGAAGCCCCCCAAAAAUACGUACCUACGCCUGCGACCCCUGCCUCGAACGAGCCUCCGAAGACGGUAGAGACUAGAGAGACGCCUGUUCAAUCGUCGCAGUCGGAAAAUGCUAUACCUUCGAAACCUGCGGUCCCCAGUGCCUCCCUCUACCCCGAUGGCCGCUAUGCCCACCUUUGGAAGACCUACAAACCACCCCAAGAACAACAGUCCGAUAUGAGUACAGCCGAGCGAGUGAUUGAAAAGUACAAACAGCGGGGUGAUACUGUGCACCGGGCGGCGAUGGAGAAUUGUGCGUUGGAGCAGGAAGACUGGGCCCAAUGCUUCCGGACCGGCAACUGGCAGAAACAAUUGAAAGCCCGUGUGACAAUGUGCUCAGAAGAGAACUCUAAGUUCUCUCGUUGUUUUACCACUCAGGCUAAAUUCCUCCAAGCUUUGGGAUACGCAUCUUCCUUCGAAUGGGACGAGGAAAAAGAGGAGCGGAUCCAGAUGCACGCAGAUAAGCUUUAUCAUGAGAUGUUGGACUACGAGAACCGGGUGAAGGAAGCGCAGAAGGCAGGGCUGGAACCUCCCCCUCUCACCUCGCUCUUCAACCCCCAAGCACCACCGCAGCCGAAAUCUGCCGCUCCAGCCCAGAACCUGGAGAUCCCUGGUGGGGAGGCUAUCCCUACUGCACUUAAGCCAUCCAGGCCAUUAGAGAAGCUCACCCCCCAUGAGCGAGAGCUGGAGAUCCGGGCGCACAACGCACAGAUGGAGCAACAGAAACUCUACGUGCAGGAGGCAACGCCUUUCAUGAAGACACAGGAAGAAGCCCGUUCCAAGCGACGAGAGAAGGCUACCAGUUGGUUGGGUGAGACGAUCGGUCGCUGGGUCACCUGAAGCAUUCUGGAGUAUGAGAAGUUUUGUCUUUUUGUUCUCAUGUAUAUUAUGAUUAUCCAACCUUACCAGCCUAC